AUGGAGUCGCAGGCUGUGAACUGGCAGCUCCAUGCGCCGUACAGAGAUUUAGCGGAGUGGUCAUAUGGUUCACAGAUAUUCAAGACGGUCGUCACGCUGCCGGGACUCUUUGAGCUCAUUGUGCGUUCUUACAAGCUCCUUUGGUUGUGCAGCUAUGGUGACACCUGCUCGGGGCCCGGGGCUCCCACUGCACUGAAGGGAACGGGGCAGAGGAACUGGCCGGACGCCCACAGAGGACAGGACUCACAGGGGGAGAGUAACGGAGCUCAUCUCUGUUGGAGGAGAGGAUAA